GCUUAUUAUUAAUUCUGAUUUGUAACCCGAUGUUCAUGAUUAGGUCGAACACAAUCAUUCUACAUAUAUUUGGAUAUGGCUUUGCUUUAUGCAAUAAUCAUUACCGUACUUCUGUACACACCUGGUAUAGCGCUAUCGGUUGGCCUUGAAGAUAUGGCGACUUCUUUGCCAACUCUGUACGAGCACUAUACCCAAGGAGGCAUAACAAGUGGCCUCUCUGUAGACCAGCCCUACUUCACACUGAACAACAAGAAUAUCUCAAUAUACAGUGGAGCAGUCCAUUAUUUUAGGGUACCGAGCGAGUACUGGAGAGAUAGAUUGAAGAAAGUUAGAGCUGCCGGAUUGAAUACUGUAGAAACGUAUGUUCCUUGGAACCUUCAUGAACCAGAACCAGGCAAAUACGACUUCGGCGAUGGCGGCUCAGACUUUCAGGACUUCCUCAAUAUAGAGAAGUUCAUUAAAAUGGCACAGGAGGAAGACUUGUUCGUUUUGGUACGUCCAGGCCCUUUUAUCUGCGCUGAAUGGGAAUUUGGCGGAUUGCCUAGUUGGCUUCUGAGAGAAGAAGGAAUAAAACUUAGAACUUCGGACGAGAAAUAUAUGAAACAUGUCCGCAGGUACUUCAACGUUCUUUUAGGACUCUUGGCUGCAUUGCAGUUCACAAGAGGUGGCCCAAUUAUUGGAUUCCAAGUGGAAAACGAAUAUGGCAGCACAAGAAGUAUAACACCUCAUUUUAUGCCUGACUUAAAGUACGUAGAGGAAGUUAGACAGUUGAUGUUGAGCAAUAAUAUUACAGAGCUUCUCUUUACCUCUGAUAACCCUAUAUAUCAUGGUGAUAAAGGUACUCUUCCGACGUUAUUUCAAACGGCCAACUUUAAUAAAGAGCCAGAACGCAAUUUUGAUACAUUGAAAGAGUUGCAAGGGAAUAAACCAUCAAUGGCGAUGGAGUAUUGGACAGGAUGGUUCAUGCACUGGACUGAACGACCAUAUAAUGGUAAUGUAGACGAGUUCAAAGAUCUGUAUGAAAGGAUUUUGAAGUUUCCAGCUUCAGUGAACUUGUACAUGUUCCACGGUGGUUCUUCUUGGGCGUUUUUAAAUGGGGCCAAUAUGGACCAUGCUGGUCAAAGUACGUAUAAGCCGGAUGUGAGUGGCUAUGACUAUGAUGCUCCUUUGACAGAAAAUGGCGAUUAUGGUAAGAAGUAUACUGUUGUUAAAGACCUUUUAUCGAAGUAUAAUCCACUAAAGACUAAUGUGCCUGCUAUGCCAGAUGAAACAAAACGUGUGGCUUACCCAGAAGUCAGGAUUAAGCAGUUUCUAGGAUAUGAUGGUAUUUUGUCACAACUACCGCACAAAAUCAGUAGCGACAAACCAACAGCCAUGGAACACUUGGCAAUCAAUAACAAUACCGGACAAAGCUAUGGUUAUAUUAUCUACAGGAAGAAAAAUCUGAAGCUUGAGAAGAAAUCAGUUUUAAAGAUAUUAGGUUACAUUCACGAUACUCUGCAGGUAUACGUAAAUGGUGAGCUUUUGAACAAAAACGUAGUAGACGUUAGCGGUUUCGGCUUCUGGAAGCUAAAAGAUAGUUCCAUAGAUAUAGAACCUUCCGAUGAUGCUACUAUCGAUAUUGUAGUUUGUAAUAUGGGCAGGAAUAAUUUUGGUACAUUGGACACAUUUAGUCAGUUUAAAGGAAUUUGGGAUAGUGUUUACUUGAACGAUCAAGAAGUACUCAACUGGGAAAUACUUCCUAUGGAAUUUAAAAAAGCCUGGACAGGAGGUCUCACCAAUUGGGAGGAGUUCGAUGAAGCAGCUUCUUCUAGACAUGGUAUGGGACUAUACAAAGCCGAAUUUGAUCUUAAGGAAGCUGAUGACACUUUUAUUGAUAUGAGCAAAUGGCAAAAAGGCAUUGUUAUAAUCAACAAUUUUGUACUGGGAAGGUAUUGGAAGGUCGGUCCUCAGCAGACAUUGUAUCUGCCAGCUCCAUUAUUAAAGAUAGGAAAUAACGAGAUCAUAGUAUUUGAGGAAUUUUACCCAGAAAAGAAAGUCACGUUUUCAUUGGAACCACUAAUGCACAACAAUUUCACAAAUUAUGUUUAGUAAUGUAAAUUAUGAUAAUAUAUUUAUUUGGGAAUAUGUUAAACAAUAAUUAUGUUUUAUCAUUUAUAUACCUACUUCCAAGAAAAAUAUACUCUGAAAUCUCAAAUUAUAUAUUUGAAGAGAGUACUUGAAACAGUGGAUAGGAAUAUUUUGUUAGGUAAAUUGAAGGCAGAUGGUAUAUCAGCAAGUGUUUUAGACUGGUUUAAGAAUUAUUUGUCCAAAAGGACGCAAGUUACAAAAAAUAGUAACACUAUUUCAUCAAAAAUUGAAAAUAUGUUAGGUAUUCCACAGGGCAGUAUCAUUCUUUAUAUUUUAUACGUAAACGAUUUACCUGCCAUAGUAAAAAAAUGCAAAAUUUUCACCGAUGACACUUAGGUUUAUCUAUUCACUCAAAAUAUUCAGACUGCCCUUAUAUAAACGAAGACCUGAAACUUGUUUCAAAAUGGUUACCGUCUAACAAAC